UGAGCUGUGUAUGCAGAAGGAUCUGGGGGCAAUGAUUCAUGUGUCUGAAAAUAGAUGCGCUUCUGAUAAAGUGUCUGGAAUGUACCACCUGAGCUAAGAAAUCACUAUGGCCUUGUGAAAACAUUAGGGAAAUGUGUAAGGGUUCACAGAACCAUCAUAACUGCCUCCUUGAAUGUGCAGUUAGCUAGGGCUUUGUUCUGCCUUAUGGAUUUGCAACAACAACAACAACAAAAUAUCUUAUGAUGAAAAAUAUUGAAGUAGUGCCAGCAUUAUUAUUUUUUUAAACCGCGGUGCAAUGUGCUAAUUCAAAGACAAACGAACAGAAACAUGAAUUGCAAUUUUUAGAAAGCCGAAGAAUUGAAAUUUGAGGAGCCUCCUGUCACCCAAGAAAGCAAAAAAGAAGGCAGAAGGAGCAAGUUCAAAUGUAUUUUCCAUGUUUGAUCAAAGUCAGAUCCAGGAAUUUAAAGAGGCUUUUACCAUCAUGGACCAGAACAGAGAUGGAUUCAUUGAUAAAGGGGACCUGAGAGACACAUUUGCUGCUCUGGGACGUAUCAAUGUGAAGAGUGAAGAGCUGGAUGACAUGGUCCAGGAGGCUCCAGGGCCAAUAAACUUCACUAUCUUCCUUACAAUGUUUGGGGAAAAGUUAAAAGGCACAGACCCAGAGGAGACUAUCCUGAAUGCUUUCAAGAUUUUCGACCCUGAUGGAAAAGGCAACAUUAAAGCAGAUUACAUUAAGGAGAUGCUUACUACACAAGCAGACCGCUUCACUCAGGAAGAGAUCACCCAGAUGUUUACCGCUUUCCCCCCAGAUGUUGCUGGGAACCUAGAUUAUAAGAACCUAUGCUAUAUCAUCACCCACGGUGAGGAGAAAGACCAGGAGUAAAGAUCUGAAGUUCUAACCGAAGGUUCAAUAAAAGAAAACAACACAAAGAGGGGAACAAAAUGUCAGCGUGUCAUAAAGCUGCUGUGAUGAUCAAAGCAACUGAAAUUGUUCUAACUUUAUAAAUAUUAAAAAGAAAUAUU